AUGGCGCAAUUCAUUGAUAACAUCCCGGUGCUCCAGGCGCCCCUUACAUCGAUUCGUGCCCCUGGCGCUCAAUAUAAUGGCCUCAACCCUGCAACUCGCACACUGCCUGAAGGAUUUCAAAAGACAUCUUCUCAUCGUCCAUUUCGCGCUGCUACUAUUUUCGAACAGGAUAUAGAGGUUCCUCUUCGAGACGGAGUAGUCAUUCGGGCGGACGUCUUUCGACCAGCGGACGUAUAUGAUCCCGUCCCCGCGUUGGUAGUAUGGAGUCCUUACGGGAAAUCAGGUACCGGAUAUUUCAGGCUUGACAUCGUUCCGGGACGUGUGGGUGUGGCGCAAAGCAGGCUCUCAGGGUUUGAGAGUUUUGAAGGGCCCGACCCAGCAGAGUGGACAGCUAGGGGCUACGCCAUCGUCAAUGUGAACAGCCGAGGGUCUUACGACUCACAAGGCGAUGUCAGAUGGUUUGAUUCAGGGGAGGGUCAUGAUGGCUAUGAUACCAUUGAACAUCUCGCAAGGUUGCCGUGGUGCAGUGGCAAGAUUGCCAUGGUCGGAAAUUCUUGGCUUGCAAUGGCUCAGUGGCAUAUUGCAGCGCAGAAUCCUCCUCAUCUGACCUGUUUUGCUCCGCUGGAGGGCUGCAGUGACUUCUACCGUGAAUCUCUAUGCAGAGGUGGUGUCCCUUAUUUACCAUUUUGGGGGUUCCUCGGCGGACAGACUCUCUUUGGAAGAAACAAUCAGGAAGAUGUUAUUGGUAUGUUGGAAAAGUAUCCUCGAAUCAACGCAUACUGGGAGGACAAGAGGGCAAAGAUAGAGCAAAUUAAAAUUCCGUGCUAUGUCCUCGCCAGCUACUCGACUGGUCUACAUACUAUCGGUUCUUUUCGUGGGUUUGAAGAUUUGCCCACAGACAAUAAGUGGUUGCGAGUUCACCCAACUCAGGAAUGGCACGACCUAUACUCUACCUCCCGAAUAGAGGAUUUGCAGCUAUUCUUUGAUUACUUCUUGAAACUUAAACGGAACGGAUGGGAAAAGUCACCGAAGGUACUGCUGUCUACGCUACGUUAUAAUAAGGAGCCGGAGUACAAUCACGUAUUCACUGAUUUCCCCAUUCCCAGCACGGAAUAUCGUAUCUAUUACCUAUCGCAAGAUGGCACACUUGCAUGGAGCCCAGACCAAACGUCGACAACACUGUCGUAUCAGUCAGAUGUUGCAGCUCUUCAGAUGGGCUCUGACUCUGAAGAGCUCAGCUUUGACUGUACGCUACCUACCGACAGUUACCUCGUCGGGUAUUCCAAAGCAGUUCUUUACAUGUCAUGCCCAGAUCACGAUGACCUGGAUGUUUUUGUGCAAAUACGCAAGGCCGAUUCCACUGGAAAAGUUCUUCAAAACAUCAAUAUUCCUCUCCAUGAGCUAGGUUUAGACGCCGAAGAGGUGGCCCUGAUCAACACUAACGUGUUAUAUAUGGAUAAAUCGAAGCCCCAUUGGGCCCUCCAUAACCAUGACGAGGAUGAAAAAAUCUCGCCAGGGACCAUUGUAAAGCUCGAAAUUGGCAUCUGGCCAUCUGGUAUAAAAUUUGAAAAGGGAGAGAAGCUGGUAUUUAAAGUGUCUGGGCAUGACAUGAGGCUGGCCGAGUUCGAACCGCUGCGUGGCAAAUUUACAACAGGUAACAAAGGGCGUCAUUUUGUGCACAUGGGUGCAGACUAUCCUAGCUAUGUCCAGGUUCCCUUUGUAAAGGUAUAG